UCAUCGAGCGCCGGACCGACAGAUCUUGGCUAAAGAAGGCCGCCCAUGUCUGCGGAGAGCGCUCAUAUACGGAGUACCCAAUCGACAAAAGUUGGGUCCGGUUUGGUUGCUCCGCACAGAGGAUGAACGGUAACGCUAAAAUAUUGCAGGAUCCGGGAUCGGAUCCGGGGCAGCAGAUAGGAUCUUCUUCGUCUCCUCCGAUUUUCUAUCCUCCUUCCGAUAUCAAUCUAGCACGAAGGGUGAUGUGUCUGGAGCAGUGUCGGGGGUGGUUCGAGAAUGAGAUAAGAAUCGUCGACGCAAUCUGUGGAGUGUGGGGAAGUGUCAGCACGGCUCGGCCGCUCUUCGAUAACUAUCCUACAAACCAGGACCGCAGACAUCAUGAGAUACAUCCAUCGACUUGUCGUUUCUCACACAAAGCCGGCAAUGAGCCAUUGCAGCGGUCCUGCUGGUCUCAUACCCUUCGGCCGAGGAUGGUUUGGGGAGGCACUUGGCAAAUCCAGGUCGUCCCAUUCAUUUCGUCACUGUUACCCUGAAAUGGCCAAGCCAAAAUCCGGGGUACGGAAGCUCGGCCUCUGCACCUUAGGCACGAUUUCAUCAGAGAUAAAGCGCGCCACAUUCAGGGCAGGCUUUCGGGAACCAGCGGCCAGAGUCGGUGCUGAUGAAGCUUACCGAGGACGCCAUUUUCUCAGGGGCUGCUUCAGGACGGUUGUAUCAACAAUAGCGCCGUCCAAUGUCGACAUUGCUCAUGUCGUGGCUCAAACCCCAAACUGCGUGGGGGUUACCGUCGGGGUUGCAAUGGGUUGCACAGGCCGCUUGACGUCGAAACUUGCCCGUAUCGAAUCUGAAGGUUGUAUCACGCCUCAACUUUCAAACCAGGACAUCGUCCAUUGUCUUUGGGCAGCCAAAAGGGCCGAUGAGUCCUUGGAAGGCUUUCCACCUGGUUUCGCUUCCAUCCGUCUGCAUCGGAAUCACGGUGUACGGGUCAUCUUCUGUCUCAUCGGUCCACAACAGAAAUGGGCUUCGGGAUCGCGGACUGCCGUCUCUCAUCAACCUAACGUUAACCGGAAUCGGUAAUUGCUUGCAACUCGCAAAAUUCUUGCUGUUCGUUCUGAGAAAGCUUCUCUAUGCGUGAAACCAGCGCAGUGUCCUGAGUUGUGCCAAGUUGUGCAGCAGGAAAAAAUCGGUAUCUGAUCCGAAGAAUUCUCUUGGCCUCCCCCACGUGUCAAAAACCAGGGCCCGGGGAC